CUGCUUCUACUGUUUAAACAGUGGGGCCUACUGCUGUGCAUGAUUCAGUGCAUACAAAGCUUUGCACGUGUCUAAGGAGCCUGUUUCUCUCUCAGUUUAUACUUCUAUAAUAUAACAAGAACAGAAGCUGGAGUAUUUUACUGGAAAGAUCCCAUGCAACAAAGCCCAUAUUAGCUUUAUGCUGUUGUUCAGAACACUCACUUUCUGAAAAGGCUAAAUAUCAAAACGUGUUUAAACAAAACUAGAAAUAUUUCACCAUUAAAAAAAAAAAAGGCAGUUGUAUCUAGUGCUAAACUGAAAAAGUAUCAACCUUUUCUGCUGCCUUCAGUUUGCUCAGUUGGUUGUUCCCAAGAUGUACCAAGAGACCAGAUAAAUCAAGCAGAAUAUGUUAACUCAUCUGAGUUUUCUCUAACAGAGAAAUCUUGGUUUACUUCAAGGUUAUUGUGUUUUGAUCAUCUAUAGUGCAGAAUUUUCAGUGUGGAUCACUUUAUUUCUAAAAAACAGUCUUUACAGAAACCACAACUCAGAAAGUUGCUGACCUGACUUCAGACUCAGCAUCUGAGUUUCCUGGGAUGGAUAGGUGUUACCUCUGAAAACAAGAAUUGAAAACUGAAUUUAUCUCUGUAUAAUUUUGAGAAGAUGCUUAGGAAAUAUAUCAGUCUACAGCUGUAUUAGCAUCUUCUAUUUUUGACUUAGAAAAUUAUUACUUGGAAACUCAGUAGAUGUGUUAGGUGCAUCUCCAUAAACUGCUCAGCACUGAAGUAGUUAACACAGCCAGGGCAACAGUAUUUGCUUACUGUGUUGUUGAAAUCUGUUGCAGCAAGGUCAGAAAAUGUGAGUAAAAGGCUAGCAGGUCUGCCCUCACCACUGAAGGCUACCACUGGGUGAACAGCAUUAGAGGGAGGAAUUUUUGAUGUAGGGAGUAGGAGCGAAAUGUCUGUAUUAGAAAGGAAGCAACACAUUGUAAAGCUAUAAAAGUAGCUUAAAAUAAUACAGAAUAGCAUUUUUAUUGAGGAAGUGAGAUACUUUACUGUCCUACUAAUGGUGCUAUAACCCUCUUUCUACUCUAAGGUUAGCUUAAGUGUUUGACAUACAAAUGCUAGGGAGCAGAUCAAGUUGGUUACUGAUUCACACUUACUUAAACAGGCAAAGUGGGAGGUAAGUGUUGCUUGCCCUCCUCUAAGUGAAGUUAAGGUCUCUUCCUUGCUGCCUGCACUGACAAUAAUCUGCUUCUAACUGCAACACUGCAAUCCUUUGCAUAUGAGAGGAAUUCACAAAAAUAUAAAUGAAUGCCUUUUCUCUAGGAAAAGUCUUCCUGCAUCAACAGCAGCUAUAAAAAUGAACAGUUAACUCAUCUGAAAAACAGAUUGUGCAGGUCUUUGCGAUGUUUUUGUGAUAGCAGCACUUGCUGGAUUGCACCCACCCCAUCUUUGCCCUUUGUAGUUUGCAUUGCUGUAUUCAUUUAUCCCUUUUCCAUCCUGUCUCUUCAGUCAUGACUUGUAGUGCCAAUACCUCCACAUUUCUGCAGUGAACAUGCCAGAGUUCAUCUAGACCAAUGCUCCUCCCUUAAUCACACAUGUAUGUAUCUCAAUUAUUAGGCAUGGAAAAACCUUCAUUUUGGUGUGCAUACUCACAAGACAACAUUCUCCAGAGCAUAGAAAGCUACCUUGCUGGUAAAUGCAGUUGUGGGCAGCUGUCUGAACCUGCUCCUCAUAAUUUAUUUAUGCUUUGAGGCUGGCAGUGUAGUAGCUCAAGGGUGAAAGCCCACUCACAGUGGUUUUUCAGGCACUGCUCUUACAUGUGUAAUUCACAUUUUCCACUAAAGAUGCCAGUUACCUUUCUCUAGGAAAAGGUCCCACUAACUGAAAUCACUGGCUCCUUAAUCCCCCUACGUUAUGGAGUGAUAAUUUUUACUUACUCAUUUUAAAACUAAUUAACAUGCAGUACCGUGUAUUGUGCAGCUUCUUUUGUAUGUUCUUUGACUAAGUCCCUGCUCAUAUAACUGGCCUGUAAGAAAAUAAAACCUUUUUACUACAGGCUGAUAUGUGAACAACUGUGUAAAAAAUAGGUAACAUAGGAGGAAGAAGAAGAAAACAGGGUUGAGUGAUGGCCUGUCAGUGUUCACUAGGGUGACUCUAUAAGCAGGUUAGAGAACUGAGGGGGUGCAGAGCACCUGCUUCCAGCAGCAAGCACUGCAGGGAAGGUCUGCACUGGUAAUAGAAAAUUAGGUGGAGGAACAGAAAGCAAAGCAGUGCUUGUGUUUAAGGGCAAGGUCUGAAGCAGAUGAGUACAAAACUAUUGAGAUCUGAAAACAGCACUCAUUCUGAGAAACCUCACUGAGCAAUUUUCCUUGGUUUCACAAAAUUAUUUUGCUUAGGAGUCAUACCAGGUAAAAGUGAUGUACAUAGCAAAUUGACACUUUUAAGUGAAUGCCCUGAACAUACAGUUAUUGGCAAAGAAAAGCUCUGGUCUUAAAAAAAUCAGUGUUACUCAGUAAUCUCUUAAGACUUUGAGAGCUGCCUGACUGCAGCAUUACCACUCUCUGGGCAAAUACUUGAAGAAAUAUGAGGAGGCAUAGGGGAAACUGUCUUACAGAAAGGGGACAGUUUACAGGGAAAGGGGUAAUUUUAAUGUAUGUCCUAGCACACCAAAUGUAGAGUGUUUUCAUCCUAUUUGAAAAGUUCUAGUGGCAUGUAGCUUGGAAAGAAAAAUGAAGUUUGUGUUCUCCAGCUCUAUUGUGCAUUUGCUCAACAAUCCUGAAGUCAUGUCCUUGACCAGAGGCGAAGAGACAGCUGUGGGAUGACAUAACACCCAACUUAGAAAAUUCUGAUUCCAGACAGGAUCUAAGGACCAUUCUGUGGAAUUGAGGAGGUGCUCCAGCACGAUCCUGUUGCAAAUAGCAGCUGCAGAGUUCCUGAAUGAAUGAAAGGAACAAGGUGACACUACAUCUGUAUAAACUAUUAGCUAGACAGCUAUUAUCAUAUGGUGCUGCUUUUAAAAGGAUGUUGGAAAGCCCGAAAGAUUCAGCAGUGGCAAGGAUGAUUCAUGGUAUGGAAAAACCUGACUUGUAUAGAGCAGUAACCAUUCAUUCUGUUUAUACUCAUUAAGUUUAACAAAUGUAAGGUUAAAGGUGACUUAGACUUUGGCUAUAAUUACCUAUGCAAGGACACUUUAUCUAGUAUUUCAGCACUUUCUAGUUGUAGGAAAGGCUGAAUUUGAGUGUAUUUAUCAGAAAAUUUGUUGAAACCCUGGGUAACAGGGGUGACUUAAUAAUGCUGAGUUUGGAAGCUUCACAGCUGUUUUUUUAAGGAAUCCAUCUCUAAAAUUCCUCAAGGUCUAUGUGCUGAAAAAUGAGAAAGACAUCUGCAAUUGCAGUCAGCAUCAGUUCAGAAGGGACCAAAUUUGGUGAAUCGCCCUUUCCAGGAGGGAGCUGUUGUCACAGUGUGUUGUUAAUACACAGUAGACUAAAGGCACUUUUACUGACUUUGAAGAAGUAAUCUGAAAGGUAAAUUUUCUAGUUCUAGAGCUACUUUUAAUCUUAUAAAUCUCAGGAUAAGCUUGCUUCCCCAUAGCUGCAGGUAGCAGGAAAUAGCAUUAUGUGUUCUACUGCCUGACCAGUAAUCAAUGUCCUGUGUGUAGUACCCUCCCAUGCUAGUCCAAACAGAGAGAGUGGUUGGAUAUUUUUCCUCCUUAAGGAAUUAUGCAAAGACAUUCUACCAGAAACCUCCAACAGCAAUUACUUUAGUCUGAAACUGUUAGGAAACAAAAAACUUCAAAAUUCAAUAAUCUUUCUGUUUAAUCUAUGAGACAUGAGUUCAGCAGAACAAUUCAUUAUGAUAUAAAAAAUUAUACUACAUACCUGUGAGUACAAUAAGAUUCCUCACUCUGUCAAGUUUAGCUUUACAGGAGAUGCUUUCUUAUUCCUUCAGUGAUGUCCUAUUCAGGGUAUUUGGGCAUUAUUCUCUAUAAAUCUUAAAACCCACAACAAAAAAUGUCCAAAAUUAAGAGGAAAUUAUAAGGUAAUUAUGGUACCUUCAGCCAACUGGAAAGCUUUGGCUGUCUUGAAAUAAUAUUUAUCCCAGACCAACAGCUCUCACAGGCUUUUCAGUGCUUACCACCCUGUUGCCAUUUACCAUCCUGCUCACCUAGUGGUUGCCCCAGAAAAAUAUCAGAAAGCCUACUUUGAUAUUUGUUUAAACCAUGAACUGCAGAAUAAGCUGCAGCAGAGGUCCAGGCAUGACUAAAAAUGUCAUGCUUCAGAGCAUAGAAAAGCAUUCCUAGCAAUUGCUGUGUGGAAUUUUCCUGCAGAAAAUGGAGCAGGAAGUGGAGAGCAAGGAUCUCCUCACUGCUGUUGACUAAACAUAUGCUGUCCAUAUGUUGGAUGCAUCAGCUAGCUGGGGAAAGGAAAAGCUGCAAUUGUUCCAGCUUGCUUUUUGUGCUAUCCAGAAUGAUAUGUCAUGGGUGCUAAAUUAAAGAAGAAGAAACACAGAGAGAGAGGCAGUCAUGCAGGGAUGAAUCCAUUCCGGAAGUGAUAGUGAUAAUUCAAGAAAUCUUUAGUGAUGGCUUUAGGCUUCACUUCCCAGACCUUUGUUCUUCCAAGCAAAGUUUAUUCCUUCACAUGAUGGACUCUGUUAACCAUAUACACACAAAGUUCUUGUAUAACUAACCUGGACCUUCGCCUUUAAAUGCUCUGCCAAGUCCUUUACAAGCCCCCUUUCUCUUGAGGGAGAAGAUACGUUAUACUCAGUAAUGGAGCAAAACAACAACAACGUAGAAGAUUUCUCCUUGAAUGUCUUUUCUGUCACUCCUUGUCAGCCAAACAGAUCUGAUGCCCUGGUGUCAGAUGGGGAUAAAGCUGGCACCACUCUGCUCUUUUCAGGUGUGUUUUUGGGACUGGUGGGGAUCACUUUCACUGUGAUGGGAUGGAUAAAAUAUGAUGGCAUUACUCACCUGGAGUGGACUCAGUUACUGGGGCCUAUUCUGCUAUCUGUCGGGGUGACUUUUAUUCUGAUUGCUGUUUGUAAAUUUAACAUGCUUACAUGCAAGCCCUGUAAAGAAAGAGAGGAAAAUGCAUCGGAACUUGACCAGACUGCAAGCAGACAGUCGUUUGUCUUCACCGGCAUUAACCAGCCUAUAACUUUCCAUGGUGCCACAGUGGUACAGUACAUCCCUCCGCCGUACCCAUCCCAGGAAGGCGCUGCUGGCAGUCCCAGCUACCUUCACCCGGUGCUCAGCUGCUGUGGGGCUGUUCCCCCCAGCACCUCGCCGAUUCUCACCACGAGGUCUCCUCACUUCUGCCCUGCCUACGCCCUGGAUAACCUGGCUUUUACUGGAGAUGAGAACUACACUGCUUAUCCUGCAGAGAAUUCCGGGAAUCAGAGGUCAGAAGACAGUUCUGAUGAGCCAGAAGGACUGCUGGAAGACUAUGCCCGUAAUAACCUGUCGCCUCCACGUUAUGAGGAAAUAUACCCUCUGUCUUCAUAAAAUCAUUAUGGGCAAGAGACAACAAUCCUAAGAGAUGCCAGCAAGAAUCCCAAAAAGUCUUUUCUUUAAACACUUGUGUGAUAAGACAGUGUGAGCAAGAUCUUGGUAUUUAUACACAGUUCAGUAUCACUGAAGAUACUUAACUGAUCCCUUCCUUUUUCUCUGUCAAAAUUUGUUAGCCCUUUGCAAUGCAGCUUAAUAGCAGAGCUAUUAAUUAUUUAACAGCAAAACUAUUAAUAGCAAAGCUAUUAAACUCAAGGAUCUAAAUCCAUGUUAGGAUUCCCCAAGCUUGGUUUUCAGGCUUGCUGAAACCAGUGUGAACUGUGAAUGCACAAGAUGUUUGUGGAAGAUCAUGAUUGCUCCUGGACAUUCAGCAUCUUUAGAAAAUACUUGAUUUCUUCUUAAUGUAUUUUCAUUCAUUUCCAUUUUGAUUUCAUUGAUUGCUUGGGAAACUUCAAAAGUGCUGAAGUGUCUGAUCCAUGAAAGUGCAUUUUAUGUCUUAAUUUUGUCUGAUUCUUUAGAAGAGCUUACUCAUUAGUAAGUCCAGUCUACAGAUUAGAUUUCCCCAGCUUGCUUUUCCUGGACAACCCAGUCCUGUAGGAAUAUUUUGGGACAUCCUACUUGAAACACAGCAUCUCAGAACAGAGAAAACAAAUAAUGACUUCUGUGACUUUUACAUAGAUCUCUAAGACAUCCUGCAUGCAUCAAAUUCAGUUCCCUUCCCCACCUGGUGGGAGGCAAAGCAUGGUCUCCCACCAGGAGUCCUAAUAAUUAUGAGGUUAAUGUCACUAAAGAAAAAGGCAUUUUUCUGAAGCCUUGACAGAGAUGUGUGAUCCUACCACUGUGAAGGACACCCCUGCUCUGUAGGAGAGCAGUGGUGAAACACCUCUGCUGUCUCUUCCUAUUUGAAUGUGGGUCUUAGGCACCCACUGCCUAACCCAGGCUGCAGGUUGCCCCCAGUAUGUUGACACUUGGGCUGUAGUAAGCUUUCCAAAUGCUCAAGUUCAGCUUGUUUCCAUGCAUUGAAUCCACAACAAUUUCAGAUUAGCUCAUUUGAUUAGAGAAUGGUGUUGCUGAACACUAAGACUGUGUUUGAUCCCUCUACAUGCCAUUCAGUUUGGAUUUGAACUUGAUGAUCCUUGUGAGUCCCUUCCAAUUAACAAUAUUCUGUGAUUUUGUGAGAUGUAAUUAUAACUGUAUUUAACAAAAGAUAAAGUGUAUUAGCUCAGAAAUUUUGCAAUGCAGAAGGAAGAUCCAAACAGCCUUUGCUCAGGAGCUUUUUCAACCUCAGAGCUAUGGCAAUGCUGUGAGUCCCUACAUUUUUAUUUUGUUUUUCCACAUAUGUUUCAGGUUCUGCUAUUGAAUGUGCCUAGAAGUGUGCCAGAGCUGGACAAGCCAGUAUUUUUCUAUGAUGAUCCCAUUAGGUUUGCUUAUCUCCUUCAGAGGGUUCAAACCAAAAGCUGAUCUCAGCUCUCACCAGACAAAAUGCCCUGGAGGGCAAUGGUCACUGACCAUGGUAACCAAGCGGUGCACUGCUGGUGUGCCUGUGGGUCAGUCUCCUGGCCUGGCACAGCAGGUGUCCAAUAUGGAAUGCAUACUUUCUCUUACUCAACUUUCUCUUUUCUGCUGUUGAUGCAGCUGUCUUGGCUCUUGCCAGAUUUCAUCCACCUGUGAUUGGUCUCAUUCCUGGGGACUGGACAAGCUUGGCAUCUGAGCACAGUCAGCUGCAGGCCAACCUGAUGUACCUGACAGCUGGAAGUCUUGGAGUUUCUAUGCAGCUCCUCUAGCAAUCAGGAGAGAUAGCUCUGGAUGGAGAAGGGCAGAACAUUGUCCAGCUGCAUGGACCUGCAGGUGCACACAUCCCUGUCCUGUCCACUUAGAGGCUGCCAAGAAAUAAAGCAUUUGGGGGGACCCAAAACAACCACUCUUCUCCACAGUGAUGGACAAGAGGUCAUAUUUGGGACCAAACAGACUCAAAGCUGGAUUAGCACCUGCAGCAGCAGCUACUGAGCAGUGGCUGUGAACUUUGUGUGAGGCUUUUCUCAUUAGAGAAAUAUGGGACACGCUGUUUUUCAGCAGUGAUGACCUGGUGUUAGCAGGUAGUUGGAGAAGGGGAGGCAUGCUGCAUUCAGCAUGAUCUCUGUGGGAUUGAGUGAGGGAGCAGAGGAUCUAAAAAUAAAUGCAAGUUUCUCUUAGGGAAGUGUCUUGCUCCUUUUCUGGAAUUUACACAGAGGUGAACUCAUCCUGCCUCCACAGCAGGAAACUGGAUGGUCCCAAAUCCCCGGUUAGUUCCACAUGUGCAGAGCCCUGAACUUAGCAUGUAGUUCUGCUGACUCCAACAAGCACUGCAGUAGUGCAGAGGUCAGGCUUGAUGGAACCAGUUGUAGGACUAGGGUGAAAAUUUCUGCCCAGUCACCCUCUCCCAACAGCAAGAAAAUUCCUUUAGUCAAACACCACAGAUUUUUCCUGCUGCUCUUUCCUCCUUCUGCCCCCAUCCCCACCCCUCAGCAUAAGUUCUUUGGGGUAAUAAUAGUCUUUUUAUUACAUCAAAUAAUACUGAUAGUGUAAAUUGGAAGAAAACUCUGAAGGUUGCACUGUGGACUCCAUAUUGAUUUUAAAAUUUACUUCUGGUGACACUAUAUUAAUUUAAAAGAAUUGGAAGAGUCCUGGGUUUCUCUUUAAAGAGAAGAUUGAAUAUUAAGUUUAAAAAGCUGAAAUUAUUUUAACCCAUCAGAUGAAUUCUGGUUGAAUUUUGUUGGAGUCUUGUCAUGCUCAACAGAUAUCUGAGAAACUUCAGGGCGUACUCCUUGCUGUACUGAGUGCUGAUCAUCGUUUUUAAAAACAGAAACAGGUUCUAUAAAGGCUUUUUCUUUUUUUUUUCCUCUCCCUUUCACCUUUUGCUUUCAUCCUUUUUUUUCUUUUAAAAGACUCUCAACGGGGUUUGGCAGCGUUGCUGGAGGUGUGUGUGUGUUUUCUUUGUUUGGAUUUUGGAGGUUGUUUGUUUGUUUGUUUUUACUGUGAUAUAACCAUCACAUGAAUUAACUUUUUACCAUUAAGAAUUCGUUCUGCCCUAUGUGAGCGGAAGAAUAAACCUUUUUGGCCAAGCCUUCA